CUUCUGCUUUCUGCUCUCUCACAGUCUCUCUUCUGUAACGGAAAAAAAAAAAUCAGAAAAAUCUUUGCUUGUUUGAGGGAAGAUGUCGCCUGUUGAAGAUGCUAAGGAAUUGAAGGAGCAACCUGUGAUUGAGGUUCUGAGCGACGACGACGACAGUGAAGUGGAGGCAACCAAAGAUGGAGGAGAACAAGUAACUGCAGACGAUGAUGAGGAAUUCGACGGUGAAGAGAAUGAAGAUGAAGAUGACGACGAUGAUGAUGAUGACGACGACGACGACGAUGAAGAAGAAGAGGAGGAGGAUCUUGGGACUGAGUUCUUAGUGAGGCCUGUUGUUGAGGUUGAAGAUGAGGAUGACGCAAGUGAUUUUGAGCCUGAGAAGCAUGGCGUGGAAGAAGACGCUGAUGAAGAGAUCGAAGAAGACGAUGUCGAUGAGGACAUCAGCUUGAGUGCUGGCAAAUCCGAGCCUCUGCCCAAGAGGAAGAGGGUUGCUAAGGACCACACUGAGCAAGGAGAUGUCAUCGCUGAUGACAUUAGGCCCUCUAAACGUUAGUUCUAACUUCCCAACUGACUUCAAUCCAAGAAACAUGUUGGACCUGGAUUCAAUUUCACUGUGUUUGAACUUUGAAUCUUCUGUUGGGUUGAUGUAGUUUUUAAUUUAGUGGUAGUCUUGCUUACAGUUUAAUGGAUUGUUGUUUCUUUAUGUUCCCUGAGACAGCUUCAAACCAAGUUUAAGUAUUCAACGCAAGAAUUUCGUUUCUCA